AAGUAAGGACUCGCCUCACCACAGCUCUUUAGUUCCUGAGUUUUAUGUAGAGCGCAUUCCAUUUGCUCAAAAUCAAGAUUGCAAGAUGGUUGUCGUGAAUAAAGAUGAUAUUACUCCUGUUUAUGAAGCAGUUAGAGAUGACAAUAACGAUACUAAUUGGCUUGUUCUGAAGUAUACAGACACGGAAAUAACUGUUGAUUCACAAGGCACAGACUAUGACGAUUUCAAAUCAAAGUUUCAGGAUGACGAGCGAGUAUUCGGCUACGUUAGGCUAAUUACCGGGGACGAAAUGAGCAAGCGUGCCAAAUUUGUUUUAAUAACAUGGAUAGGUAAAAAUGUAAAGCCAUUGCAGAAAGCCAGAGUAUCAACGGAUAAAGCCUUCGUAAAAGAAGUUCUUAGGAUUUUUGCUCUGGAGGUAUCGGCUGAUGACGUCACGGAUAUUACCGAAAACAAGAUUCGUGACGCUGUUGUAAAAGCUGGAGGAGCGAACUAUGGAACAGGAAAUUGAACCUCUAGUCAAACAUCUCAGAAACUUUAUUUUAUAGGAUUUUCAAAAUGGGAGUGAAAAAGAGAAAACUGCUUUAAGAAAAUGCUUCUUAUUUCUUGAUAUAUACACAAAAAUGGUUUGAUGGUUAAUAUGUGGUUAAUACAUUUUAAGAAUCUCGUCUUCAAAAAAAAUAUUUACUUAUUUCGUAAAUUCUACUGACAAUACACCAUCAGAAUGCAUAGUAUUUACUAAAUAUCAAUUUUCACUGAAAUACUCAGGAGAUUCAAUCAUUGUACGAAGUAAGCAUAUUUAAAUCACGAUGAAGAUAAAAUACUCAUCGAUUUUCUUAACUAUUCCCGAAUUGUAAAGAAAAGUCUACAUACAUAUGUCAAUCUAUAUACAAAUCACUUUUUAAAGUUUUGGGUCAUUAUAUUUCCCCUGUGUGAGUUUAUAUCAUUAUGUCACUUGAGCCUUGUAUGUGAUCUAUUACUAUUCGUUUUUGUCUGCCAUUAAAAUUCGUCUGGAGCGAAGUAAUAAAUUUCAUUUUGUGGU